AUGGCUAUCAAACUCGCAGCUGUACAGGCAGCCCCGGUAUUUCUAGACAAGACAGCCUCGACACAAAAGGCAUGUGAGCUUAUCCGAAAAGCGGGAUCCCGAGGUGCAGAUGUCAUUGGUUUCCCGGAGGGGUUCAUCCCAGGAUUUCCGGGCUGGUUUCCCUUCCUCCGCACUACUGAUCCUCUCACGGAAUCGCUUUACCUUCAACUUUUCAAUAAUGCAGUGGAAGUUCCUGGCCCUGAAGUGGAAUCGCUGCAGGAUGCAUGCAGGGAAGCAAACAUCUACGCCGUGGUUGCCAUCAACGAGCGCCAUCCGAACACCACUGGAACGCUAUACAAUACCCAACUGACUAUCGGCCGAGAUGGAACUUUUCUGCACAAACACCAGAAAUACGUGCCGACUGUGGGAGAACGUAUGAUCCAUGCGCCUGGCACAACAGGUAGCAAGACGUCGAUCCAAACGGAAUUUGGUGGGCUGAGUGGUUUGUUGUGUGGUGAAAAUGGCAACCCCCUAGGGCAGUACUCGACUGCCUUGGAUCACCCUGUCGUACAUGUCGCUGCUUGGCCGCAGUUUCUGACCUUUGGAAUGGACGUAGCCGACUUCGUUAAUACGGCCGGCAAGGCGGUUGCAUUCUCAGUAGGGACUUAUGUCAUCAACGCGGCUGCUGUUGUCUCUGAUGCAGAGAUCGAGGCAUACGGAAUCGACGAGAGGACCAGGGAGUUCAUGCGAAGCGAGCAGAAAAAAAGAAGAGCUUCCAUAUUUGCACCGGGAGGUGUCGAGGUUGCCGGGUCGAUUGAUGCGAAGAUAGGAGACGAAAUUCUGUUCGCCGAUGUCGAUCUAGACGCUGUAAAGAGGUAUAAGCACACCUUUGAUUUCGCAGGUCACUACAACAGGCCUGAGAUAUUCGCCCAUCAUUUCAAAAAGUAUCUUCCAUAG